GCGGCGGUUCGCACCUCGCAGACGGCAGCGCCGAGCCGGCAGGAUGAGCGCCGGGACGGGGCCGCUGCGCCCGGGCGCCAGCCUGGCCCUGCGGGUCUGCGCCGUUGGCCUGCGCCCCGAGGUGCCCGUCCUGUGUCUCUGGGGGCUGCAGGGUGAGCGCAGUGCUGACUAUGUACAGCUCCGCCGUGUGAUCCAGGUGGUGGUGCGGCAGCACCUGGCAACUGCUUCAGGUCCCAGCAGGCGAGUGGCCAGUGGGGUUGAGCUGCGCGUUGGAGACCUAGGCCUGGUGGAGGUGACUGGACACUGGUACCGCUGCUGUGUGGUGAGUCGUCGUGGCCAGCAGUACCGUGUGUUCCUGCUCGAUGAGGGCUGCACAGUUGUCACGUCUGCCUGUUACCUGGUGCAGGGCUUCAAGGAGCUUUUCAGUCUGCCCCCAGAGGUGCUGGGUUUUGUAGUGGCUGAUGUGCUGCCUGCUGGAGGUUCCAGGCUGGGAACCUAUGAGAAUGUACCAGUCUCCACCUGGACAGUAGAAGCUAUGGAGUUCCUCAGCUGCCUGCAUGGCAAGGAGGUGUCUGGUCUGGUGCGGGAGGUGGUGAUGCCCCAGCUCAUAGUGCUUCAGCUACCCCAGCUUGUGACACAGAUGCAUCACCUGGGCCUGGCCAGGCAGGUCACUCCCAGUUGGUUCUGCCAGGUUCUCAGGCGCUGCCUGUCUUAUGGCCACUUAGGGAAUCAGCUCAAACUGCAGCAUUUAGCACAUUGCCAUGUAACAUUUGGAGUGACACAGCUUGUUAGUGUUUUGUCCUCAUAUCAGCCUGUCACACCUGCCUUGGAUUACUUCUACCCACAGCUUCAGGUGGGUGUGAAGGAACCUGUUCUAGUGACCCAUGUUUCUGACCCACACCACAUCUACUGUCAGUUGCAGAUCCUGUCCCAGGAGAUACACCGUCUCUCUGAUACUAUGUGCCACAUUUAUGAUCAGUGGGAACAAGACUUAUUGCCUGAAGUGGGCUUACCCUGUGCUGCCCGUGGCAUGGAUGGCCAGUGGUACCGUGCACUCCUGCUGGAGCUUAUUGCUGGGGAGCAGGACCAGCAAAUGGCUCUAGUUAUUUUUGUGGACUAUGGCAGGAAGGAGGCUGUGACCAGAGCUAACUUGCGUCACUUGACCGCUGAGUGUUUUCGCAUGCCUGUGGUGACAUACGCAUGUGCUCUUCAGGGUAUCUCAGAUGGGGGUCAUGGCUGGUCCCCGUCUCAGAUUGAUGAGCUGAAAGCAUUGCUGCUGGGCAAAGGAGUGAGCGCAGUCAUCAAUGCAUUUAACUCCUUUGAGCAUCUCUAUUAUGUUAAUUUAUAUGGGGAAAAUGGCAUCAACUUGAACCAUCUUUUUGGGGUGCAGGCAUGCUGCUUAGUGAGCCAAACUGAAGUUGGGGAGCAGCUGAAAGAGUUCACAGCCAAAGAACUGGAAUUGCCACCAGGAGUACAUCCUGUUGCUUUAAUUCACAAAGGUUUGACCUCUGUUCCUGUAGUUGGUGUCCAUCUGAAGUUGGAUGUGUUCUAUAAUGUGCAGGUCUCUCAUGUCCAAGACCCAUCUGAGUUCUGGCUGCAGCUCCAUGAGCACUGCCAGCUCUUCAGGAAGCUGAAGCAGAACAUGUGGAAUUUUUACUCUCAUACCACAAAGUUGGAUGGUCCUGGGUGGGGUCUGCAAGUGGGAUCCCUUUGUUGUGCUCAUGGGAAAGAUGGUGCCUUUUAUCGAGCAGUGAUUACCAGAGUACUGGACAACGGGGUAGAAAUACAGCUGAUGGACAGAGGCAAUGUGGAAACUGUAGAGCGGUGUGCAGUGAAGGAGCUGCUGCCUUGCUUCAGGGAACUACCUGCUUUAGCUCUCAAGUGUUGUUUGGCAGGUGUCUCCCCUUUGGGAGGGAGCUGGAGUGAAUCAUCUGUGUCUGCCUUCAGAAAGAUUGUACUGGACAAGGGACUAAAGGUUCGUUUUUUGAAUAUGUGGGGUGACAAAUACAAGGUUGAAAUUUUUGACCAGUCUCAAUUAGAGGAGAAAAGUCUAAGUAAACUCAUGGCCCAGGGAGGAUAUGCUGAAUACCAGAGGUGUGAAAUACUUGAAAUUCCUCAGCAAUCACCUGAUGAGGCUGUGAGCCAGGCUUCUGCCCCAGCAUGUGCUGGGGAGGAAUACCAAAUAAAUGCAGAAAGGAAGCCGACAGAAGAAUCUGAUCUAAAGGGAAGUGAUAGAGCGCUUAAUCCUGAGGUGGCUGUGAUGGUCAGAGAGACCCCUGUGAAAGGUGUUCACAAUUCUAAAAAGAGUCAGUCUGUUUCUGUUCAGAAGCAUGGUGGCAAGGAAAAUAUGCAUGCCUCUUUGAGACAGGCUUAUACAGAAAUGAAACCUACCUCCUCUUACGGAGGUCAGUUAGAAGUGGGAAGUACAGUUAAUGUGGUUGUGUCAUAUGUUGAAAAUCCAAGUUACUUUUGGUGCCAGUUAAGUAGAAAUAACCAUGACCUAGAGUUAUUAAUGAAGGAAAUUCAGGAGUAUUGCAAAAAUUCAUCCCACCCACAUGUUUGGCCAAAUUCUGUAUGCUUAGCCCAGUAUUCAGAGGAUGAAAAAUGGUACAGGGCUUUAAUAAUUGGUGAAGUCCCUUCUGCAGAAAAAGUAGAAGUCAUGUAUGUUGACUAUGGCAACAGAGAGCUGGUCUCCCUGACAAACCUCCGCUCAACUAACAAUGACUUUCUUAGGUUAGAAGCUCAGGCUUUCAGGUGUAGCCUUUACAACAUAAUCCAAGCAAAUGAUGAGGAUCCGUUUGCUUGGAGCGAGGAAGCGAUUCAGGCUUUUCAGGAGUUUGUUGAUGCAUCAUCUUGUCAUGUUGAAAUGAAAUGUACAAUAUUUGCCUUGGCUUCGAUAAACAAUAAGGAACUAUUUAACAUUGUAGACUUAAGGACACCUUUUCAGAGUGCUUGCCAGUUUUUGACUGAGAGAGGUGUGGCAAAGCAGUUGUCUCCUCAGAAGUGUCUGAUACCCUCCUUUCAGCUUCAUUCUUAUUAUUAUUCUAUGCAUGAUAUCAAAAUUGGAGGGGAGGAAGAUGUUUAUAUUACGCAUGUUGAAGAUCCGUGGACAUUUUACUGCCAACUUGAAAGACAUGCAGAUGUCUUAGCACAGCUUGCUGAUAACAUCAGUCACCUCUCUGAAACAGUGACCAACUUAAAUCCCUUGAAAACGCUUGGGAGCUUGUGUCUAGCAAAGUACACUGACAAUGCGUGGUACAGGGGAGUAAUUACAAAAACAAGCCCUAAAAUGGAAGUGUACUUUGUGGAUUUUGGGAAUACAGAGACAAUAGAGAAUGAUCACUUGCUUCCUUUACCCAGUGAUGCUUGUGAUAUCUUGUUUUUGCCAAUGCAAGCCAUAAAGUGCUCCUUACCUGAUACAGCCCAUGUUCCCAAAGAAGCUAUGACAUGGUUUAAAGACGCUAUCUUAGAAAGGCAAUUAAAAGCAGUAGUAGUAGGAAGGGAAUCCGAUGGCAAACUGUUGAUGGAGUUAUACGAUGGCAGUACUCGGAUUACUGCAAAACUGAAGGAGGAGUUAAGGCUAAUAAACAACACAGCACCGUGUAGGCAUGUAGAAAAUGAAACUUUGUACUCUGGAAAUAAAGAUGUGAAUGAGACAAAUGAACCUGCAGAGUCUCCUUUAAAUGCAGGUAGUCUCCUUGAAAGCAAAAAAAGCACAUCUGCCCUAGGAGGAGGUGACACUAACGAAAGGCACUUCAGAGGUGAUGCAGACUUUUUCCAGCCUACUGGGAAAGGAGAUCUGGCAGCUGGAUUACCAGAAUCUGAUGAAAUGCUUAGCCGUAAGACGGAUGAUUUUUUGUUAGAGUCUCUGCUCUCUGUCCAGGUGGAUACACAGCCAGAUAUUAAACCUGAUGCUCAAGAUGGGUGCAUAACGAUUGAAAAUGGUUCUGAUCUAGUGCAGCAGAAGAUAGUGCCAGCUCUUAAAGUGUUAGUGUAUGUGUCUCAUGUAAAUGAUCCACUGGAUUUUUACGUUCAGCUGGGAAGUGAUGAGGAUCAGCUUAACAGCAUUUCAGAACGCUUAAACAAUAGGACACAAACAAAGAAGUCUCGUGGAAAGUCUUUUCAAGCAGGGGACUUAAUCAGUGCUGUUUAUCCAGGAGACAGUCUGUGGUAUCGAGCUGUAGUAAAAGAGAAGACUUCUGACAAUUCAUUAAGUAUACAAUACAUUGAUUAUGGUAAUACUUCAGUAAUUGAUGCUAGUAAAGUGCACAGACUCCCCGAAGAGUUGUCAUCUAUUCCUGCACUAAGCAUUCACUGCUGCCUGGGCGGACUUAAACAGAGACAAAAUGACUGGGCAGAGAAAGCAGUGCUUUACUUCACCAGGAGAACAAGAGAAGUUCUGCUAACAUGUGAAUUUGUAGAGAAAGUUGAAGAUAAAUGGGUAGUCAUUCUCAGCGACUCUCAAGGUAUAAUAACAGUGGAUUUAGCUGAUGAAAAUCUUGCAAGUAGGGAAAGUACUUGUUCGAGAGAGAUACUCGAGAGAGAAGAGAAUGGUGACAUAACUGUGUGUGAGCCUUUGCCUCCUCAGGCACAGAAUGAAAUUUCUUGUGUAAGUGAUUGUAAAACAUUUAUCUGGAAGCUUCCAGCAGCAGGCCAGACUCUAGAAGUUUAUGUCACAGUGGCAGAUGGUCCAGAAUACUUUUGGAGUCAGAGUGCUGAUACAGAAGAAAUGAAGUAUAUAGAGGAAAAAAUAGAGGAAGCUGAAAACCUUGGACUAAACUGUUUGAACGAUUGUGUAUCUUGUAUUAAAAGUGGUGAUAUUUGUCUAGUAAAAUACAGUGAAGAUGGAAAAUUCUACAGAGCUAAAAUCAUCAGCAUGAAAGGUGACAGUGUAGUUGUUAGACACGUGGAUUAUGGAAGUGAGGAAGCUGUUAACGUCACCAUGGUCAAAGAAAUUCCACGUGAAUUGCUCAAAGUACCUAAUCAAGCAUUUGCUUGUUGUCUGUCAGGUUUCAGUUCCUCAGAGGGCUCAUGGCUUAGUGAAGCAAAACAAAAGUUUCAUGAUAUGACCAAAGAUCUCUUACUAGAAGCUGAAGUAAUAGAAACAUGGGAAGAUAAAGCUUCCGAAAUCCCUCUGUCUGUUGUCAAGCUGGAAGGCUCUGGCAAGAAUAUUAAUGAAGAGAUGAAGUCUUUUUGGAAGCCCUAUAGUGGAUCUGGUGACAGUGCUUUCUCAAAUCCUGUGGACCUCUUAAAGGAAAACAGACGUUCAGACAGUGAUGUGGCUCUUUGUCUCAAAAAAGAAAUGGCUGACAUUUGUUCCUUAGCUCAAGAAGAAAGUGAAAGUGCUUUCCUUUGUUCCGAACCUUUCCUGGGCGUGACUUCAGAGUCUUUAAAUACCAUAGAAGCAAAUACAUCAGUGGGAACUGUUGAGUGUAUGUCUGGGAAGGCUGAGGAUGGAUGUGAAACAGCUGAGCAUCAAAGUAGCUUUGGUGAAGAGAUGUCUGAAGAAGACAGCAGUAACAAUGCAUUAGUAGAACCAUUGGGAAUCUGUAGUCUUCAUAUUUUGGGGAGUGAGAUGGAAGCUGCAGAACAAGAAUUAUCUGAAGUGCUGUUUCAAGAGGCUGCUGAGCUGAAAGCAGAACUCCCAGACAGUGCUUCUGCAAGCAGGCUUUUCCUGGGAAACAAACAAGAACCACAAAGAUCACCAGUGCUCCAAGUACAGUCUUCAAGCAAUGAAUCAGGGCCAUUAGUAGAACUGGAUCAAUUACAAAUGUACCCUUCGUAUGAUGAUCUGAAAGAGCUCAUAGUGGAGCUAGACACACUUCCACUGCAGUCCUCCUGUGAUGAGGAAACAAAGGAAACUCUGGGAACAGAGUCACUUGAAACACAGACAGCUCUGGGCGGUGAAACAAGAGGAGAAUUGUCCAGACAGGAAUUGUUUGAUUUGCAAGUUGUGAAUGAGCAGGUGGAGGAGUUGGAAGCUCUGAAAUUUGAAAUCUUACCAUUACUUAGUGAGAGAGAGAACUCGUUGCCUCCAGUUAGUGAUGGAGAGAAGACAGUAGAGCUGAUUCCAUCUGAUGUUCAUCUUUCUUUGGAAGAAAAGGAAGAGAAUAUGGAAGUGAAUUUGCCUAUAAUUCAUAAAGCGGAAGCUACAGAAAAAGAUUGGAUGGAAGGAGAGUCUCCUUCCUUAAAGCUGUCUUCAUCUGGUGAUAGACAUGACAAAAAAAUGGGCCUGAAGACUCAUGACAUGCUGUCAGUGCUAGGUGCUGAAAUUGAGCAGCUUCUGCAACUGAUGCUACCUGAUGCGCAGCCAUCUCAGGAAGAUGGGGAGGAGGAUUCAAUAGGGUUGAAACACACUGCACUGCAAAGUUCAAACAGUGGAAGUCACUUUUCAUUUCUUACCAAAGACUUAACCAAUCAGAGACUUGUUUGCACUGUAAAACCAGGUGACUCCAAAACUGAGAAAUGUAAGGAGUGGCUGAAGAAAGAGGACUGUUAUGUGGAAGAAAGGAUGAAACAAGACUUGACUGAGUCAUUUACAGAAUGUGGAGAUACAUCUGUGCAGUCUUCAGACUGUAAGCCUGGGAAUGAAGAAGUGGAAAAAAGGCAAAACGAAAACUUGGCUGACUGCAGUGCAGAACACAGUGAGUAUACUUGUAACCUGAAGGGCUUUUCUGUUGGUUCCGAAUGCGUGGUGUGGACCUCUCUAAAGUGGUGCAAGGCUUGCAUUUUGGAGGUAUCUGAAGAAGGUACCAGGGUCUUGAACCUCUCCAGUGGCAGUGAGGAGAUUGUUGACCCUGAAAAUGUCUGGAAUGGCAUUCCUGACUGGGCUUGCAGCUCAUCUGAGACAACAACCCCUUCAACAGAAGACUUGCAGUCUGUAUCAGAAGUGUUGCCAUUUCAAGAAAUACAAACUGUCUGCAGUUCAGAUUUAGCUGAAGAUCCUGACAUCCUCCAACAUUCCUGAAAACAAGGAACAAUACAGACAAAGUUGAAGUGUUUGGGUUUUUUUCUCUAAGAAAAGUCACUGCUUCCAGUGGGGCUUGGGGAAGGAUUUUUUUUGUGUGUAGAGGAACACAGUUGCCUUGGGUUGAAAUCCUGUACUUGGUGCCAUUACAAAGUAGUGGGAGAAGCUGGAAUAAAGCUUUGGUUGGCAUAUGCUGA